AUGGACGAACCAAACAUAUUUAUACGCUCAAUAAGAGCGAUUUUUGGUUAUAGGAAAACAUCACUAUCUUUGUUGACUGUAGUGGUCAUAUUUAUUACUGUAUUAUUGUCGGUUAUAGAUAAUACUUAUAUUAAAGGCGAAGAAUCAAAUGCUUGGAUAGAUUUGGAGAAUAUUUCAAAAACUGAACAUAGUUAUGGUUCAAUUGGUAAUCAACAAGUACAUGACUACUUAGAAAGUAGAAUAAAGGAGUUGGCUUCAGAUUAUGAUUUUGAAAUAAGUAAACAUUUUUUUAAAAAUAAUGGUGUACAUUAUUAUGAAAGUAAUAAUUUAUUAGUUAGAAUUAAUGGGACAGAAGAUUGGCCUGCUUUAUUAUUAAGUGCACAUUAUGAUUCGGUACCGUCAAGCUAUGGAGUUACUGAUGAUGGUAUGGGAAUAGCAUGUUUAUUAGGUGUUUUGGAGUCAAUUAAAAAACCUAAAAGAACAAUUAUAUUCAAUUUUAAUAAUAAUGAAGAGUUUGGGUUGUACGGAGCCAAAGCAUUUGUUCAUCAUCCAUGGUUUAAACAGAUAAAGUACUUUUUGAAUCUUGAAGGUACUGGCGCUGGUGGUAAAGCUAUCUUGUUUAGAGGUACAGAUUAUGGAAUUGUUAAAUACUUCAAUAAAGUUAGGUACCCAUAUGCAAGUAGUAUUUUUCAACAAGGAUUUAAUAAGGGAUUGAUUCAUUCUGAAACUGAUUACAAAAUAUAUAAAGAAAAUGGUUUAAGAGGGUUGGAUUUAGCAUUUUAUAAACCAAGAGAUAUUUAUCAUACAAGAGAAGAUAAUAUUAGAAAUGUAAAAAGGGAAUCUCUUGCACAUAUGUUAUCAAAUGCAAAAGAUUUUACAAAAUAUGUAAGUAUGCAUCAAUUGGAGGAUCUGGAUGAUCAAGCUAUUUAUACUACUUUUUUUAAUACUUUUUUUUCAAUUUCAAGUGGGACAUUAUUUAAGAUCAAUUUAGUUUUAUUAAUAUCCUUUUUGUUUAUUGGUCCUUUUAUAUUCAAAUUUAAAUGGAAUUUAUUAAAUUUACCAUUGGGAAUGUUAAUUUCAUUUAUUACAAGUGGGUUAUUAAUACAAUAUAUUAAAUAUGUUAAUGAAUUUUUGCCGACUUCACAUCCAAUGUUAAUUGUAACUACUGCAUCUUCAGUUUCGGUAGUGAUUUAUUAUUUAGUAUUAAAUGGGAUUAAUUAUAUAUGGCCAAGUGAACAAAAAUUGGUUUCAAUUAUGGAAAUUGCAUUCAUCUACUGGGUUUUGUUAAUAUUUACUACGGAGGAGGUUGAAAGUUGGACUGGUUCAUUUCCAAUAACUCUUGUAUUCUUAUUGGAACUUGUUGCAUCUGGUCUUGGUGUUUUAGGUUGGUUAUUUACAAGAAAGGAAGUAGUUGAUGAAGAACAACCAUUAUUAGAAGAAGAAUCAGUUGAACCUGUACCUAUUCAAAAUUAUGAAUAUGAUUGGUCAAUACAAUUUUUAAUCAUUGUUCCCGUAUCCAUGUAUAUUAUUUAUAAUUCUGGUUGGUUAGUAUUAGAUGGUAUUCAUAAAUCAAUUCAAGAAUCUUUAGCCAGUGAAAAGACAAUUUAUUUUUUUAUAUUGGUGUUUUCUCAAUUAUGGAUCUUUCCAAUAUUACCAUUUAUUUAUAAAUUUAACAAAUUCCUUAUUUCACUUUUUAUAUUAUUUUCAAUUAUUGGGAUAAUUUUAUCAACUAUAAUAGAACCAUUCAGUAUAACUAAUCCAUCAAAAUUGAGAUAUUUACAAAACAAUAACAAUGUGGAAAUUUUUGGUAGGAAAGGAUUAGUUGAAGUUCCAUUUAAACAUACAUGUGAAGAUAUACCAGAUGGUAAUGAAAUGUGCUCAUAUAAAACCUUUCAACCUGAUUUUUUAGAUGUUUCAUUAUCUACAUCAAAACUGAAUGGGUUAAAUAUUGCAAAUGUUACAUUAAAAGGUAGUCCGAUGUGUAACCUUAAAUUUAAUCAAAAAACAGUAAAAGGUAUUGUUUUAGGAUCAGGUAAAUUACCAAAUUUUAAAAAUUUACCAGAAGGAGUUUCUAAAAUUAAAGAUUUAAAUAUUUAUAAAGAUGUUUCUGGAAUUGAAGUUGUUUAUUUAAAUGGAUUAAAUAAUUCAUUUGAUUUAUCAUUAUUUUAUACUGAAGAUUUUAAUGCCGAUAAUUUGACAAUUGAUUUACAAUGUUUUAAUUCAGAAGAUUUUGAAAAUUAUGAUAAGUUAUUACAUUACAGUCCAAAUUAUAUAACGUUAGCGAAUAAAGAGAAGGGUUUAGUUUCAAUAAGUAGGAAAUUAACACUUGUAUAA